CACGGUCUAACAAGUGGGCGACUGCCUGAGUGGAGCUUGGUACUCUUCCCCUAAGAAAUGUAGCGCGGGACAGACCGCGGGCUAAAGCGGAGAGCUAGGAGGGCAGCAGGGAAGUGUCAGAUGAAAUUUUUCAGGGUACCGGGGACUUCUGCACAGUGUGUGCUCUUUUGACAAAGUGGAUUUUAUGGAAACAUUUUUUACAUUGAGAUUGGAACAAAGGCAGUGCCAACAUGAAUCCCAGAGCCCCCGCUCCCAAGACCCGAGGUGAUAACUAUUUGAGCAUAAAGGACUCUGAAUCCCUUGAUACCUACAUUCAGAACACACUCUCUGCGCUGUAUCCUCCCUUUGAGGCAACAGCUGCCACUGUCCUGUGGCAGCUUUUCACUAUUGUUGAAAAGCUGUAUGGAGGAGAUGGUCUGCGUUGCCUGAUUGAUUUCCUUGUUCCUGCCAAGAGGAUCUUACAGUGCAUUCAGCAAGAAACCUGUGCAAGGUACACAGGCCUCAUUUUCUACCAUGAAGGCUGGCCCCUGUGCAUCCAUGAAAAGGUCGUGGUACAGCUAGCAUCCCUCCACAAAGUACGGCUCAAGCCAGGAGAUUUCUAUCUGCAAGUUGUUGCAGGGGGGAAACAGUCGGCCAAACUGGUUCUGAAAUGCCUCGCCCAACAUGGACAAGGAAUGGAAGAAUUCACUGUACCUGAAACCAUGUAUGGAUGUAUCUUCACGGCAGAGUUUUUGGAAAAUGUGAACUGUGACAGGACCAACUUUCCCUUGCAAAGUUGCUUGCUGACCACAGGCACAGUGGUCUACCGUACCCCAUGGAGCAACAUUAUGAACCCCAUCUUUGUCCCUACAUCUGAAACCAUCCUUUCUAAUUAUUCUGGUAGCCCAGUGCUAAACUCAUUGAGUCUCCACAAUCUAGAUUCCCAUUCACCCACGCAAACCAUGGAGAGCAACCAUUCUCAAGGUAGCUCUACUUCCAAUGACACUGGCUGCACAGUCAUGGAAGCUUCACUGUCCUGUAGUCGUGGAAGCUCAGGCAGUGACCUAUCCAGCCCACUCCAUUCCCCUGAUUGUAGAACUGAAUUAGAAAGUCCCAGAACUCCUAUUGGGGAUUGUGAAGGCGAGUAUGUAAACCUUGCCGUGUUUGCUCAUGAGUGUUCUAGUUUAGAGAGGGACCUGUCUGAAUCCUCUGAAAUAUGUAAGGAGGCAGAUAGAGCACUCCUUGUUGAAGAAUUCUCUGACACAGUAGAGGAGAAGAAGACUGGCCUAAGAAAUAUUACUUUCAGCACAGACUUGAGCAGUCCAUGUGCUAGACGGCGGCAGCUAAGGGAUUCUACCUAUUUUGAGACCAGACGUCUAUUUCGAAAGUCAUACAUGGAAGCCUUACAAAACCCAAUGCGCCUUGGAUCCAGUUCAGAGGAGUCAAUAGCCGAGGAAAUCUCAGACCAAAUUGUUCAUUCACCUAAAGUGAAUGAUGAACAGACAGCAGAUGCCAGGGCUACUGCUGAACCAACUCAGAAGGAACGUUAUCUUUCUGAGAGACUUCACCCUAAGGAAGAAUUAAGAAGAAACAUGAGUCCUAAGCCUUGUUCCCAACCAUCAGAAAAGUGGCUUGGACCUGGUGGAUCUUCUUUAGUGUCUGGAAAGAGGGCUAUUCCUAGGAGGUCUCAAUCCUUGGAUCGAUCCCACAAAAGUUCCCAGGAUAAAGGCCAUGACCCCCGUCGGGCCUCAGAUGAUUCAUCAAAUGUAAAUCCUAAAAAUCUAUUAAAUGGACAAGCUUUAAGCCCUGAAAAGGUGGACCCCAACAACCACUUCUUCAUUACUGUUAAAAGUCACAAAUGCACCAAAGAGGAUGAAGAUAUUCUUCAGAAUACAUCCAUAAGAGAUGCAAAUAACAGCUUCCAAAGCCAUGAGUCCAACACAUUUUCGAAUGUAUCCCCUGAAUCGCUGCCCUGUGAGAGUGAACCAUUGUCUACAAACACAGGAGACUUUUAUCAUAAGCUGCCCAAUCAGUUACUUGAAAUCAACCAAGAAUUGCUUCAGUCUGGAGUCAUUUCCAUUCCUGGAACCAGAGACCGUAAUGGGAGGGCAGUGAUACAGGUGUGCACCAGAAGUGCAUUCUGGUCAAAGGAGCAGUUCUCAAGCAGUGAGCUCACCCGCCUUUUGAUGUAUCUCUACAGCAUCCCCAGGAAGGAAGUGAGGGAUCUGGGACUGGUCAUCUUAGUGGAUGCUCGAAAAUGCCAACCUGUCCCUGCUCUCUUCAGAGCUGUCAUGGCAUUACAGAAUUCUGCACCUCAAUCUAUUCAUAGCAUUCUGCUUCUGGUGGAUAAAGAAUCAACAUUCAGGCCUGACAAGGAUACAGCACUACAGCAGUGUGAGGUUCUGACCUCCCUGAAGGCCCUGCACAAGCUCAUUGACAGUACACAACUGACAGCAGAGUUUGAUGGAACUUUCCCCUACAACCAUGGUGACUGGAUCCGUUUCCGAAGGAAACUGGAACCAUUUGCUACAAACUGCAAAGAAGCCAUUACUUUUCUACAGAAUUCCGUCUGUUCCCUGAAUACAAACAGGACUCUAAGUACUGUGCAAGAGGUGGUAGAACUAAUCAACAAACAUAAGACAAUGAUGAAGCUUGUUCUGGAAGAUGUCCUUCUGGUAACUCUUCGCUUAGAAGGUGGCACAGUCGUGGCCAGGCUCCGGAAAGAAGAUUUUUGUGUGACUGAAGAUUACAGAGAUGCUAUGGAUGCUAUAACCAGACUGUAUAACCAAGUAGAUGAAGAGGUCCAUAGACUAGUCCUGUCAUCUAAUAAAUGCCUUCAGCAGCUGGAGAGCCUGCAGGAAUUAAGAAAGCUUGAAGAGGGUUGUAACCAGAUCAAACUAUGGUUUGAAAAUGAGCGAGAAAAAUAUCUUGGUCCUUUGGAGCUACUUUCUCUGGAGAAUGUAAAGAAAAAGCAAGAAGAAUUUCGGGUAUUUGGUGACAUGGUGAUGCAAUAUUGUAGGAAAGGACUACAAUUGGUAAAAGAUAAUAACUCACCAAACAUGGAAGAAAAAAUCCAGAACUUCAAAAGAUACCUGAAUGACAUCAUCAGUCAAACAGAAAGAAGGAGAGGGGAGCUGGAGAAAUUGGCCAAUCUCUAUGAAUUUUAUGAGACGGCAAACGGAUGGAUGCUCCAUUGCAAUGAGUACCUUGAACAUCUCUCUCUGGAGACUAAUUAUUCUCCAUCAGUGAUAGAAUAUUUAAAAAGCUACCACCAAGAAGCUACUAAAGUAUCUGCUGAAAACUUCCACAAAGUGAAUGAGAUGGUCCUGGGCCUUGGUAGCAAGAAGGAACAGAAACAGUGGAAUAUUUUAUGGCUAAAGUGUCAGCAAACCAAACAUCGUUUGGAAGAGGUGCUUUCUGAAGCCAUUCGUGGUUCUGGCAGACAGUCUUUCAGCCAGGGUCCACUGGAGGCAAGUCCAAAAGUGGAACAUGAGUUUGUCAUUGAAGGUCUGCGGAAACAUGGUCAGUCUCCUGGACUUUCUCUUACUAACCUUGAUAGUAGCCUUUGGGAAAACAAUAGACUGCUGCUCCCUCAGAGAGCCAGUUUCUCUGAAAUGCAGGCUCUUUCAGAGCCAGAGGGGUCGAGUUCUAGUGUGUUUACUCCUCUUAGCACAUCACCCUCACCAAGCCUUACUCCACUAUUGGGGGGGCUCCCCAGGACUGGUCCUCCCUUGGAGGAUAUGGACAACAUCUCUGCUUGCUACUCUGAACCUAUUCAGUCCCCAACAACCCGCCACCGGAAACACCCUUUCAAAAAGAUCAUGAAGAAGACCCAAAGCUUUGAGCUUCCUCAGCUUGAUAACAGCCCCAGUGAGCUGCAUCGGCAUGGAUACUCUGGUGUUUAUAUAAAAGGACUGGAGGUGGCCAGCAGUGUGGCUCCUGAGAAAAAACAUGGGCAAAGGCCAAAUGUUAAGAGCCCUCUGGUCAGUAGGAACCGAAGCUUGUCAUCCCCUUCCAGGAUUCAUCAUACUGAGGAGGAAAGAAAGAGAGUAGGAAGCAAUAAAGUGCAGCAUAUAAUGGAUGAAAUGAUCACCACUGAAAGGGAAUAUGUUAGAUCCUUAGGAUAUAUCAUCGACAACUAUUUUCCAGAAAUGGAAAGAAUGGACCUGCCCCAGGACUUGCGAGGGAAGCGCAACAUAAUCUUUGGGAACUUGGAGAAGCUCUAUGAUUUCCACUGUCAGUAUUUUCUAAAAGAGCUGGAGCACUGCAGAGACUGUCCCUUGCCUGUCAGCCACUGUUUUCUGAGACAUGAAGAACAGUUUGGAAUGUAUGCACUAUACAGCAAAAACAAACCACAAUCUGAUGCUUUGCUUAGCAGCCACGGAAAUGCCUUCUUUAAAAACAAGCAGCAAGACCUGGGUGAUAAGAUGGAUCUGGCUUCCUAUCUACUUAAACCAAUCCAGAGGAUGAGCAAAUAUGCUCUGCUGCUUAAGGACAUGAUCAAAGAAUGCACGAAGACUCAGGAGCAGGAACUCAGUGACCUCCAAGCUGCUGAGGAGAUGGUCAAAUUCCAGCUUCGCCAUGGGAAUGACUUACUGGCCAUGGAUGCCAUCCGGGGCUGUGAUGUGAAUUUAAAAGAACAAGGGCAGCUGAGAUGUCAGGAUGAAUUUAUUGUUUGUUGUGGAAGGAAAAAAUAUCUGAGACAUGUCUUCCUUUUUGAGGAUCUUAUCUUGUUUAGUAAGACCAAGAAGAUUGAUGGGGGAUAUGAUAUUUACAUGUACAAACAGUCAUUCAAGACCGCUGAAAUUGGAAUGACUGAGAAUGUUGGAGACAGUGGUCUGAGGUUUGAGAUUUGGUUCCGAAGGAGGCGGAAAUCCCAGGAUACAUACAUUCUUCAAGCAAGUUCAACAGAAGUGAAAAUUGCUUGGACAAAUAUCAUAGGGAAAAUCUUAUGGAGACAAGCCCUGAGGAACAGAGAACUCAGGAUGCAAGAAAUGGUAUCUAUGGGAAUAGGCAACAAACCAUUCAUGGAUAUCAAACCCAGCGAUGCAGCCAUAAGUGACCGGGCAAUAGAUUAUAUCAUGAAGGGAACAGAAUCAAGAUCCAGGGCCUCUAUAGCUGUAUCUUCAUUUGAUCACUCAACACCUUUCAAAAGGCCUCACUCUACCAUCUCCAACAGCAGCACUUCUUCCUCAAGCAGCCAGUCCUCAUCUUCAAUUUUGGGGUCACUAAACCUGCAUGUUUAUUCUAGUCCAUCUUAUUCAGGGCUAUUAAGCCCUCCCUUUUAUCACUGGACUUAUGACAUAAAAACUUGCAUUGAGGAAGAUGAACUAGAACAAGAAACAGGAAGCCAACCAUCAAUGAUCACUGAGAGUUCAGAGUCAUCACAGUGUACCUCUGGUGAGAGCAUAAGUGGAUUUAGCAGCUCAGCCCCUCCUGGAUUGUCUCAGCUUCUUCCAGACACAUUUUCAGAUGAAAGUGCUUCAAAUCCUGGCUCCAAACCUCCCUCCCAGUGCACAUCUCCAGCUCUCCCUGGAAAGAAUUCCAGGUCGAAACAUGAUAGUAAUCAGUAUAUUACAACACUGUGAUUGAUUUGAACUUGUUGACAUUUUCUACGCAACAAACAUCUCAACACCCUUCUGAUCCAGACACGGGAAUGUUCGUCUCAAAGAGAAAACUUAAGACUGCAUAUUUGCUACAACAUGAUGUCAGGAAGAAAAGGAUCAAGGCUUGUGGAUGAGCCCACAGUCCCCAAGUUACAGGGAUCAGUAGAGCUGCUUAUGCCUUGGAAAUCGCCUUUUCUUUGAUGAUCACUCCAACUUACACCUGUACACCAGUUCAAUACUCACUUCACUCCAACUUGGACUUUGCUUUUAUAUGUCAGGGGAAGCGCUGAAAAGCCUUUAGACUCAAUCCCACCUCAAAAUGACCAAAUACGGAUCUGCCACCCAAAGAAAGGCAACUAAUCCUUUAGGAUGGAAGCAGAGGGACAUGAGUAGUGCUGAUAAGUCACCAGGGAGCAUAAACAUUUCUUUCUUGAAAAGGCCCAGCUUUGUCCCCCAUACAUAAAUUCAGCCUUCAGGAUUGCAUGGGCCAGAGGUACUAUCAAUACAAAAAAUCACAACUUGCUCCCAGCUAAUGAUGCUUUUGUCCCUGUAUGACUCAUUUAUUUGCCCUUCUGCAUCUCUCAAAUAAUGAUGGACUUGGGUUUUGAUAACAGACUUUUUUCAUUUCAUUUUAAAAAAAUAUUUGUUUAGUAGUACAUUUAACCUGCAAAGUUAAAAUAUUGAUCUAACUUCUGACUGGAAUAGGUACCUGAGAUGUACUAGCCAUUGAGUUAAGGGAGCAGAGAUUGACUCUAAAUGUGUAUGUUUGUACACAUGUCUCUAUGGGUAUUAAGAACUUUAAAUCUUUUCUUUCUUUUCUAACAAGUUCUAUGUAAAUAGCUUAGGAGUAUAUUAGAACUUACAGUCAACUUCUGAUUAUCCACACCAUGGAAGGGAAGCCAAGUGGUACCAGAAAUUCCACAAAACCAGGCCAAAGUUAUAAUUUCACUUCCCUUGGUCUGUUUUCCUGCUAAGCCAAACUAAUAGUGCCAAGCUUCUACCAACGCAUGGCUUGGAGAAUCUCAAGUUGACUGUACUUGGUAUUGUGCAAUCCUGUCAAAGUAGGCAACCCUAAGGAGUGAGCUAACCUCUGAACAAAAGCAAAAAAAGGUGCAAACGGCUGGAAGCUUUUGUAAAUAGUACUUUGGGGGGGGCCUCACUUUUAAAAUUCCUAUAACUGGGACAAGGUCUUCUUGUCUUUUAAAGUAGUAGCAUCUUCUGCAAAGGUCCACAGAAACACUGUGUAUAGAUAGAAAUGUAUGGGCCAUGUUAGAAAAUGAUAAUGAUUUUAGUAAUGGUUUUUUAAAAGUAUUUUCAACCACUUUUUUGGAGAUCAAAUAUGAAAACAUUUCACUAUCUGUCAGCUGUUGAUAACAUUUUACUUUUUUACUUUGUUUCAAUACAGACUUGUUUACUACUUAAAAAAAUAAAUGGAACAUUUUUCUACCAUAUCACAUUUCUUCACUGAUACAAAUGAAAAUGAUUUUCAUUGCAAAACUAGAUGUAUUAAAGAGCUAGCAUGCUUUCUA